GGCCAGGGAUCAGAAAUUACACAGGAGACAAAGACUCAAUAGUCCAUAUUGAGAAUGAAGACCAUUAUAGUUCUGCAGCUGACAUGGUUGUGCUACUGCCUGUCUGGGGCACUGGGCCAGUCAGACAGUGAACAUGAAGGUGGAGUGGUUGUCAAUAAGCAACAGCUUGACAAAGCUAACACACCAUCCGCCUUCCACACUAUGCUGAUAGAGAUGAUGUUAGAGCACAAAGUUGAGCUGACUCAAACCAAGACCAAGCUGGAAUCUAUGGAGGCCAGACUGAGUGCCAGUAAGGUCCAGGAAGAGGAGCUGAGCACCAGACUGAGAAAUACAGAAAACCAGCUUGAUGAAUUAAGGAAAAUGAAUCAAGAAAGACCAAGAGUGGCAUUCUCAGCUGCACUGACCGAGGAUGGUUCCGGAAGCAACAAAGGACCGUUCAACACAGAAACUACUUUGGUCUACGGGAAGGUCAUCACCAAUAUUGGCAACUCCUACAACCCCACAACCGGUAUGUUCACAGCAACAGUGAGAGGACUCUACCACUUCAUCUUCUAUUGCCAUACAUAUGGAGCCAAUAAAGCAUUUCUGUUAAUGUAUAAGAACGGAGACAUAGUUGUUGGUACGGCAGAUCACAUAACAUCUAGUGAUGGUGCAGAUAAUGGAUCUAACGGGGCGGUACUGAUGCUUGAGGAGGGAGAUCAGGUUUAUGUGCGCCUUGAAGCCAACUCAUGGAUCUGGGUCGAAGAUUACCGCAACCUCAGCACCUUCACUGGCAUUCUGCUAUUUGCCCAGUGACACCUCAGAACACGUGAAUAAGAAGAGAUUUGAAAUAAUGAAAAAAUGGCUUAACGUAUUGUAGAGGGCAUCACUGGUGUAAAUAACGACAAUGCUGUUAAUCACACUCUUAAGGGAAAAAAAGUUUAGAAAAAAUGUAAUCGAGUUAAUCACAAAUUCAGAAUUUGCUCAAAUUGAGCUGUAAUUUAAGAUUUUUUUGACAAACUUUAUAUUGAUUAUAUAUUACCAAUAGUGGCCAGUAGUGGUCUAAUGAAAAACAAACCAUUCAGCAGUAACAGAUAAAGCCUAUUUGACCUAGAUAGUUUGUGUGUAUGCAUUGAUAUGUCCUUGAGCUGUUCUUGUCGAUUGAUGUUCUGUAUUAUGUCAUGUUUUGUGUGGACCCCAGAAAGAGUAGCUGCUGCUUUUGCAACAGCUAAUGGGGAUCCUUCAUAAAAUCCCCCUCCCCACCGAAAAAUACCAAAGCAUUACAGAUUUAACACUGUACUGAUAUUAACCAAUUAUUAAAACGUUUGUUAACCAUUAGUAAAUGUUGUUAAGCCUUGUACUGUAUAUUAAUAAAGUUGAUUUCUCCCUCAA